UUGCAAUUGUUUGUUAAUUACUUUCCUGGGAGCACAAAGCUCAUAUUCUUGGGCGCCAGCCAUGGAAGGGCACAGCGCUCCGAAUUCAGGAUGUUUACGAAUAACUGCACCAACAGCACCGACCGCAGUGGAGUGCUAGGGGUUCCGGUGGAGUGGGCCUUGAGGUUCCGGACACCUCUCUGCCCUCACAGUUAGGAGGACCAGAAAAUGGAAGAGUCCUUGAGAAACUCAAGCCUGCAGGUCACGGAUGCCCGGCGGGCAUACGGGCCUUAAGACAAACCACACAGCCUCAACUUUCCCCCCUGUAAAUAGGGAUCACAGGAUUCACUCCUCAGCGCUGCAGUGCACAUUUUGCAGUCCUCAAUGAAGCACCCAGCCCCGUGUCCAGCCGCAGCAGAGGCUCGAACUCAAUUGCUGGAAUUGUCAACUCUGCCAAUUUCUGUGCACAUUUCUCUUCCACUAUGAGCAGAUCGGUUGUCUUGCACCUUUGUCUGGCUUUCGGUGGCCUUCUGUUUCUUAACUUUGCCACACAAUGUUUGUCCUUCCCCAAAAGAGAACAAGAGCAAUCUGAGAGGAUGGGUGUGGAUGACCUGGAAAACAGCUCCAUGGCUCUGAAGCCGACUCCCCAGCUGGUGUCCUCUGAAGAUGCAGUAACAGCCUCCGCAGAACCAUCGGUAUUGUCAUUAAAUAAAAUCCUCACGAGGGACAAAGAAACCCAGCCUACAGGAGCUGGGCUCCUGCAGUCAAGCAGUGCUGGUCUUUACAUUGCUACUGAGCUGGAGAUCCCAGCAGGUGAGGACAUGUUUGUUUCCAGCCAGCCUGAGGGCCUGUCUGCUGAGAGUGAGCUCUCCAAGGCCACACUUGCCACUGCCCUCCUUGCAGCUGCUUCUCUAAAUCCCCAUGCGGAGGAGGGGCCCCUGAGCAGUAGCCACAGUCAGCCCCUCGCGGAAGGGACCCCAGAAACAACACAGAGUUUCCUGACAUAUGUGGAUCAUCAGUGGUUUGCAACUGAGAGUCUGGAGGGUGUCAGUUUGGGACAUACACCUUCAUCCUAUGUGGACCCUGAAGAAGUGCGAACCCCCAGUCCAAGGAUGGAGAAACUUGAGGCAGCCACAGACCAGAGAACAACUUCUUUUCCUGACGCUGAAUCCGCGGCAGACACUGUACCCGGAAGCCUCCCGUCAAGUGGGGAGAAGCCCUCCCAGAUAACGGCUGGUAAUACCCAGGCCACUGCCACAGAGCACUUGCUGGUGGCAACUGCCACGUAUACCCUGAGUGUGGAGCCGGAAACCGACAGCCUGCUGGGAGCUCCAGAAAUCACAGUGAGCGUCAGCUCAGCUGUCCCAGCCUCCUCUGUCUUAAGUGAAGAUUGGGAUGACACCAAACUAGAGAGCCAAAGCCAGAUAAGGACCUCAAAAGGAGACAGUCCAGAGGUGACAGAAAUGGCGGAGGUAGGUCUGGGACUGCCAGAAGGGGAAGCACUCACGGGCCCAGCCCUGCUGACUUCCCAGGGGGACCAGAGAUCACCUGCCUCCACGCACCUCAGCUCCUCUGCUCCUACGAGCCUGUCGGGAGAUCCGGAAUUUUCGGACAGGAGCGUAUUCCAGGGUCCCGGAGGCGUCUUGGAUUCCACCAAGGAAGAGAGCUCUGAGUUCCUCGCAGGGAUGACUGCGUCUGUGUCAGAGCACCAGUCGGAGAUGUAUGGGCCACUGGGACACGAGUUGAAAGAUGCCAUCACUCAAGAAAUGACAACGGCUGCUCAAGACCCAGAGGCCUCUCUGCCCUUGGAGACACAAGAGGAGGUUGUCUCCCUGGAAGCUCCCAGAGGCCGUGGGGACGCUGAGGAGGCCGAGGAGGCCGCCUCCCCUGUGUCCGGCACUCCUGGUGUGACUCAGCUGCCCAGAGGAUGGGGACCUGUGGCCACUACACCUUCAACUACGGUGGCCCCUCUGUCCCCCGAAGUCAUCCCUACUGCGGAAGGCUUCGUGGACACAGUCACAUUGCCAAAUGAGGAGUUCACCCUGGUGCAGGGCUUUCGGGUGACACCCGCUGGAGUGAUGGUGGAGGUGACUGGCUCUUCCCUCGCUCCGCCUGCUUCUGAGCCCUACUCGGAGGGAACAGUUCCAUCCAGGAGCAGUGCGCACACAGCCACCCCGUAUGGCCUGGAACAGUUCGAAUCUGAAGAGGGAGAAGACGAUGAGGAUGAAGAGGAUGAAGAUGAAGACGAAGAGGAGGACGAUGAGGAGGAAGAGGAGGAAGAUAAAGAUACAGACUCCCUAGAUGAGAGCUUCGGUGGUGACACUGAGCUGCCGGGCUUUACUCUCCCCGGGGUCACCUCCCAGGAGCCUGGCUUGGAGCGGGGACUUGGGGACCCGCUGCAAGGAGCCACCUACCAGGUGCCCGACGCCAUCGAGUGGGAACAGCAGAAUCAAGGCCUGGUGAGAAGCUGGAUGGAAAAACUCAAAGACAAGGCUGGCUACAUGUCUGGGAUGCUGGUGCCUGUAGGAGUGGGGAUAGCUGGAGCCUUGUUCAUCUUGGGAGCGCUCUACAGCAUUAAGAUUAUGAAUCGCCGAAGGAGAAAUGGCUUCAAAAGGCAUAAAAGAAAGCAGAGAGAAUUCAACAGCAUGCAAGAUCGAGUAAUGCUCUUAGCUGACAGCUCUGAAGAUGAAUUUUGAAUUGGACUCUGGUUUCAUUGGGAUAUUCAAUGAUGUUAUUUUAUUUUUAUUUUGGGGCAAAACAGCAACAACAACAACAUCAUGCCACAUUGUGCUAUGAGGCCGUCAGUCCUAGUAUCUGCUGGAUAGUAGACUUUUCUUGUUCUGAGCAGAAAAGGCAUGCUGUAAACUAAAUGUAACACACAGUGUUCGGUUAUGCUGUAGUGAAUUUCCCAUCAUCAUGGGCUGCGAUUUAUAAACACACAGCACACGUGUUGUUCAGUAAAAGUAGCAGGAUUAGGUAGAGUAAAUUUUUCCAUGGUUUGGAUUACCUGAAUUAAGUAUAAUGGUUGUUGCCACCGAGGCAUGAUUGACUUUGAAAUAGAAAUCUUAAUGAAGAGUAACUGCUCAUAAUCACACCCUUUGUACUUGAAACUGUAGGCUUGUGGGCUGUGGUACGUCUUGCAUUUGCAUUAAAAUUAGCAUCUACUUGGAAUGAAAUCUUUUUUUGUCAAGAUCUCUCAGCACAUUAGAAUUGUUACCUGUAGGUUUGUAUAUAUCUCACUGUAUGCUUCAGUCUCUUACUUUUAUUAUUUUCACCUUCUGUUAUAUUCUCAGUCUUGGCAAGAAGAAAAGUGCACCAGAAACUGUAUGUUAAAUUGACUCUUCACUGUAUGUUCCAUUGACAUGCUUGCUUUCUUAAAUAGUAUGCUUAUGUCCGUCAGGUCUGUCAACAGAGUCUUCCAUGUUUAUCACAAAGACGUCUUCUUUCUGUGGACCGUCUGACCUUGGCAAGAAGAAAUGACGAAGAAAUGAAGAGCACGAGGGUGGGCAAAGGUCUGCCGUUUGGCUCUCUGCUUAAGUGACCACUAUGCGAGUGAUUCAGAAUGUUGCUUUUCCACGUCUGUGGUCUUUCUCCAUGGGGGGAGUAAGCCAGCAUCGGUCCUUUUUGGGACUGAUUAGGAAAAAACACAUUCUAUGGUAGAAGCAGGCUGUGGCCAGAAGCAAAGUGCAUAGUGCAGCUCAUAGAAAACCAGCCUCUCUCAAGGCACCCAGCCUUGGGGUGGGACUGUGCUUGAUCCCAGUAUGUGAUUCCCUGCCUGGUACCAGGUAGGGUAUUUGGGUAUCCUAUUUGAAUCUGGGCAUUUGGGACGUAUAUUUAGCUGAGUUUUAGGAUACAGGCUGGGCUCAUUUCCACGGACAGAUAAAUGUUCUGGAGAUGACUAUUACUGUGGAAAAUUCAUGGUGUUCAUCAUUGGCUGUGCUGCCGGGUCGCACAGAGCUUCCUCAGAGCCACGGGGUGAGGCAGGACCUGUGUUUCUGGAGACAGGAAAUGGUUAUCUGAAGUUACACCCAGGGAGAAACUCAAAACCAUGCACCCUGACUUCAGUUCAGUGCUUUUUCCAUGUGUCUGGAGGAAGCAGUGACAUUUUAGAGUCCUUUAAAAUCAGAGUUCUAAAGAAGUAGCUGCUUCAUGAAGGAGCAUUUGAUAGGAGCUUCUGUCUUUGUUAAAUGAUGAACGAUGCCCCACAAAUUGCUCUCUUACACAUAAACUUAAGUAUCACUUGUAGGGAACCAAUCAAGAAAACCUCCUAGAACCUAUUAGGUGGCUAGAUCACAAGAAUGUAUUCAUUGAGUAAUUUUAACUCUUUUUGCCUGGAGAGGCAUGCAAGUGUGUGAAAUUGAUAGAGAAAUGAACAGUUCUGUAUGGGCAAAGUGACUGGUUAAUAAACUCAAGGUUGGAUUUUAAACAUGGAAUUCAGGGAUGGACACUGAGAAGUGAUGUGUAAUUUUGUGAGUAGAGACACCCUCAUAUUACAGAGGGGAUGCUUUCAUUGCCUAAGAGCUGCCCUUUACUAUAAGUGCUCCUCAGGUUAGGAGGAAGUAAGAGCGAGGUGCCAUUACUGUGUGCAUUCUUGACAAUCUUGUGUAGAGAAUAUGAUAAGUGCACUAAUGCAGCAUAGCGGGAGGGAUGCUGAUGGCCCUGGUGCCUGGGGCAGCCUCCUGCAGCCUUCACUAGAUCAGGGUUAGUAGCUGCCCUCUGCACACUACAGUAUGAUAAAGUUGUGAAUCACAGCACAUUUUCAUUUCUCCAGAGGGUUAUGGGCGCGGCAUGCAUGUGGAUAUAGGCUUGAGCAGAAAUGUCUCUUUAUCCUUCUGGGGGACACAUGGCUAUUUAAAGGGAAAGGGCAUACUUAGAUCAGAGUAAAUUUCUGUACAAACCCACUUAAACAUCUGGGUAAAGAAAAUUUGUACUGUGCACAUAAAUAGACCAUCAUUCAAUGUUAGAAAAUCUUGUCAUUGUGACCAUAGGUGGGAAGAUAGAGGACAGUAUGCUGAGGGAGCUAAUCACACAAAGACGAAUGCUGCAGGAUUCCAGUCAGCUGAGGUAUACAAUCAAAUAGACUUACAGAAACAGGUAAAACGCAGGGUGCCAGGAACUGGUGUGUGUGUGUAGGGAGGGGAGGAAGUGGGAAGGAAUCGGUCCAUAAAGUCACAAUUUUGCAGAAUGAAUUCUGGAAGUCUUCUGUAUAACAUAGCACCUCUAGUUAACAGUGUUGUGUUGUGAGGUUAAAAAGUUAAGAGGCCAGAUCUCGUGUUGUGUUCUUAACAUAAAGAAAGAAAGAAACAAUGAAAGAAGAGAAAAAAAAAAAACAAGGAGAGAGAGAUGAAGUAGAGCCAGGACCUCGGGGAAGAGAACCUGCUACUCAGUGCAUCUGCCACCCUGGAGAAAGGGAAACGAAUGGAGGAGGAAGCUGCUGCAGAGCGGGAGGCUGGGAUGGAGAGAGAAGGUUUCUUCCACGCCCUGAUGUCCUUUUCUGUAAUCAGAAGACAGUGUUUUCCUUUUAGGUCUUUUUGAGUUUUUCUCUUCUGUGAGCUGCUGCUUUCAGAAGCUGCUGGCUUAAUUUAUGUGCAGCAUUUGGAGUUAAUUAGGAUCCCAAGGUAGCAGAUUCCCUUAGCAAUGCCAUAGCCUUGGCUGAAGUCCAUCCACUGUCUUGCUGCAGUUUUCCAGAAAUGCUUUCUUCAAAUACCUGCACCUCUUAUCUUGCUCAAAAACAUUGUGAGGCAAUGUUUAAGGCAGAGUUUCAGAAUAUAUUUCAAGUAGUUGUUGUAUGGUCAGUCAAAGCUGGCUCUUCAUUUCCUAAUUUUAUUUUAUGAACUUUUGGUGGUGCUGGGGGUGGAACCUAAGAUCUCACGCAUGCUAGCAAGUACUCAGUCACAGAGCUAUACCCUCAGCUUUCACUUCAUUAUCUUUUUAAAGCUAAAACUUAAAAGUCAAAAUAUUAUGAAUGUGAAAGUUAUACGGAGCAGUGUAAAGCUUUCUAAAUGCCUCGAGCUGGCCUCUCUCUGUGCCUGCGCAUGUUUCCUUCCCUUGCAAGCCCAGAUGAAACACCGUGUUUGGAGCUGCAUCCCUAACUCAGGGGAGAGGAAUCCAGUCACCCACAGGCAUUGUGAUUUUUGUGCAUAUGAAUAAUCAAUGUUCCUUCAAGUUGCCAAAAAGCAGCAUGUGAAAAAAGAUAUAUUAUUGGAUGUAAGUUUAUAGCCAUGUGGCCUUUGAAAAGACAGGCUUCGUUAUGAUUGCAGAGAAAUCUGAAAAGAUAGGAUUACUACUGAGGAAAAUAAGCUUCCUUUUUAGGUUAUGUGAAGGCAUGGUAAUAAGGAAAGAAAUAUGGGUAGAGGAAGAUGAGAAAAAUGGUAAUACAAGGCAUAAGUAAAAACGGCACAAGAGCUUAGAACAGUGAUGGUGCGUCUUUUAGAGAUUUCAGUGAUGCUAAGCAGCCCGAUGCUGCGUGCGUACCAUAGGUCCGCCAUGCUGCCUUAGAAUGUGCUACAGGAGGGCAAGCUCUGAAUGGAUCAUUACUGAGAAAAGUUAUAAAGAUAAAGAGGAGAACGCCAUGUGCAAGAUCAUUAGUGAGUGAAUGUGCCAUAAAGCUACAAAAAUCUAUUUUGCUUCCAUCUUUUCCACCAAAGAAAAUUACCCUGCAAUAGGUGGAAUGAAUACACGUAGUUGGGAAGGAAUUGAAGCCCAGGAUGAAUGAGGAGAUGAAAGGUGCUUGGUUACUUUAAAUGAGCUGAAGGGAAGUUAAAUAUCUUCCUUAAUUACACAGACUUCAAAUGACUGAAUAUAAACUUCUAGGAACAGGAAAUAAUUUGAAAACAAAGUAAUGGAAUUGACUCAAUGGAAGCCUCAUAUUUGCACAUUUAGUGCCCCCGUAAGACACACACCUCCUUUUUGGGGAUACCUGUUAGGUUUAUAAGCUGGAGAUGGACUAAGAUGUCACAUCUGAUUAUGUUAACUCUGGUAAUUAUAAGCCUUGGCAAUCAACAUCACUGGAAACAUAAUUCUAUUGCUUAAUUUCUAUAUGCAGAGAAAAAGUCAGCAUUUAUUUUGUAAGCCACUGUGAUAUAAAUACAUUGGGAAUAUCCUGUUUGUAGUAACGAGUAUGUUUAACUCCCUAUUAAUUAACCAGAAUUUCUAUUAUGUGCAUAUAAGGUAAAGAGAAACACAAAGGGAAAGAAGGAAAUAAGGAAGGGAGGGGGAGAGAAAUUUCUUCUAGGAAAUAGCAACAAAAAAGUACAAAGAAACAGGUCAUCCUCAUUUCAUUUUUUAUGUAAGAGAUAAAGAAGGAAAAAUCCAGAAUGGUCUUGUAAUUGAACUAAUAAAAUUCCAAAGACAUGGGACUAAAGGUAUAUAGCUCAAUGGUAGAGUGCUUGCCUAGCAUGUAUUAGGUCUGAGCACCACCAAAAAAAAAAAAUCAAAACACCACCAUCACCACUCAGAAGUCUGUGCCAGGGGAAUUUGAGGAUGGGUGGAGAUUCUGUCUUUGAUAAACGUCAAGCCCUUGAACAUAUUGCUUCUUUCUGAGUCAGUGUUAAUUGAAUACCUUUGAUGUGUUGGGCAGUGUGUUAAGUGUUAGGGGACCAAGGAUAACAAGAUACAGUCCAUGACCAGAAGGAAUUUAGGGACUUAUAGGGGAGAGAGUAAAUGCACAAUUUUAUCCCAAGGUUGCUGUGGGAUCCAUAAAGGGGGCGUCCAUUCUUAGGAGAAGACUGGGAAUGUGUGUCCAAAGGUCGCAUCCAACCUUAAGGCCCCAUGGGAUGGGUGGGUAGGGGUUAGUGAGGUAAAGGAGACAGUGGGAUGUGUGUUCUGGCUUGGAGCCGCAGCAGCAGAGAGAUGAGUUAAGCAUGGUAGAGUAGUGGUUCUGCUGGGGGAGCGCAGAUGGGGUGUUGGGGAGUGUGUGGUGUGAGGCAGACUGACCUGGAGGUCUAGGUCAUGCCAAGGAAGUGGGACUUUAUUCUGAGGCCAGCUAGAAGUCACACAAGGGGAUCAUGCUGAGAAGGGCUGUGACCAGCUAGAGGUCGGGGAAGAUAGGCUUGGGAAGGUUGGUGUCUGGAGUUGGGUACACCAAUCAAGGGUAGGACUGGUACAGCAAUGCUGGUGAGAGAGAGAGGACUGUGGUCCCUACCGAGGUGCAGGAGGGAAUCAUGAGCAGGGAGGGUGGAUCCUGGACGUGUUCAGGAGGGGAUGAUAAAGAGCAGAACUUGGGGAUUGGUCAGAUGUGGAGAUGGGGAAAAGACAGGGGUCAAGGAAGCCAGGGUCACGGUCUGUCUGAGGCCCACAGAUAUCAUGGGAUCCAGUCUCCUGCCUUGUGAAGGGACUGACUCUGUCCAGACCUGAGAAAAAUAACAAUUCUGCCAAGCCUGUAUUGGCGGAAGCUUUAACAUUUUACAAAGUGUGUAUGUGCUUAUUCUCUCUUACUUUCAAUAGUGUAGGUGCCAAAGAAAUAACCGUAAUAAAACUUAAGCAUCUAGAAAGACCUCCAAGUAUUUCCAGUUACUUUGGCUGAGCCCUAGCUUCAUGUGACUAUCUAGGAUCUGAUUGGUUUGUAAAGAGUAGGAUGAGAACUUCUUAUUCCUUGGCAUGCGAGCCACGGUGUAGUAUAUUGUUUUGCUUGAAACAAGGCCCAGAAGCUCCAUCUCAAGGCCAGCCCACGGAGGAUGAGGUCAGUGUUUGGAGGUGUGGCCUGGAGAAUGUCCAGGCCCAUGUCCCAGUGCUCUGUGGUGUCUGGGGCUUUUGACAAUUGUCAUGGACAACCAUCAAGUAGCUUAUCUUCCUUAGGGUAUGAAAGAUAAGCCAAAUGUUGCAUGGUUGCCAUACCAACAUCAGCAUAGGGCUGGAUUCUGGAGGGCCUCAGUGAUGACGGUGUAGAAUUGAAGAAGUGUAGAAAAGCAUAAAAAAUAAGUAUCACCUCAGUUCCACUCCCAGAGAUUACCAUUGUUAACAGUUUUCAGCUAUAUUUUUCUAAUCUUUUCUGUGUAUUCAUGAUAUGUUUUAUAUGCUUAAUUUUACACAAAAUCUGGAUUAUAGUUUACAUGCUAUUUUGUUACCUCUCUGUUGCUACUAUUUCUCAUGAUUGUCUUAAGAGAAAUAAAGGAAAAGCUUGUGAAAAUCUU